UCCAAAUAGUCGAAUUCUAGGAACUACAUCAUGGCUGCUGACAUCUGAAAGUCACUUGUAGUCUUCUACACCCGGCAACGAGCGUUGGAAGUAAAUCGAGUCUGAAGGCUUUGGCUUAUGUAAAAGCUUAUGAUUAUCAGGGCUGCAGAAACCCAAGGAUCAAGAUUUUACAGUCUGGACACAGUAUCCAUGUAAGCUAUUGUCUGCUUGCAUGUGGAUUUCAAAUGUUGCUGUGUACACCAUUUGGACCUUGUAGAGAAUUUACCAUUAGUGUGCAUCAUUAGCAAUGUCAGGGUCAUUGAUAGCACAGACAGGGAUGGAUUCUCAGAGUGAUGGCACCAGUCUUCGUAACCUUGGCAAUGGACAUGGAAGAGAGUCUGCGUUGCAACUGUUUGUACAAGCCAAAAAGAGAAUCAAUGACAUUUUUAAAGAUAUUGAUGAGUAUGUGGUAGAUGCUGGCAAAUUUGUUCAGGGAUUGUCACCAGAGCUCAAAGGAGUAGGAGAGGAAGCAAUCAUUAGUCCUGAGAAUGCCCAGGUGGUGGUUGGUUUCAAGGUUAAGAUAGAUGGAAUUAGGGAAGUGCUAACACGAGAUCAUAUGAAAGUUGUCUUCUUUGGAAGGACAUCCAAUGGCAAGAGCACUGUCAUCAAUGCCAUGCUGCGGGAGAAGAUUUUGCCCAGUGGCAUUGGCCACACCACACAUUGCUUCAUCCAGGUGGAAGGUUCUGACAAUGAGGAGGCCAGUAUGUUGACAGAGGACUCCAAUCAGCCGAAGAGUAUCCAGUCCCUCAAGCAAUUAGCCAGUGCUCUGAGUUCUGGAAAGCUGAAGGAGAACUCACUCAUCCGCAUCUUAUGGCCAAAAAGUAAAUGCCGCCUGCUUCGUGAAGACAUUGUUUUUCUAGACAGCCCUGGCAUAGAUGUCUCACCUGACCUUGACCUCUGGAUUGAUAAGUUUUGUCUGGAUGCAGACGUAUUUGUCCUUGUGGCCAAUGCAGAAUCCACUCUUAUGCAGACAGAGAAGAACUUUUUCCACAAAGUGAGCUCUCGGCUUUCCAAACCCAACGUCUUUGUGCUGCAGAAUCGAUGGGAUGUGUCAGAAAGUGAGGAAGAUAUAGAUAAGGUGAAACAACAGCAUUUGGACAACAAUAUUCAAUUCUUAUCAGAAGAGCUUCAGGUUGCAGACAAACGAGAAGCCAAGGAUCGUGUAUUUUUCGUCUCUGCUCGUGAGACACUUGUGUCACGUCUGCAGGAUGAUACUGGUAUUCCUACCCCAGAUCGUGCUCUGUUGCCAGGGUUUCAAGCCAGAAUUUUUGAAUUUGCUAACUUUGAAACUAAAUUUGAGGCCUGCAUAUCAAAAUCCGCUGUAAAGACCAAGUUUGAACAACACACAGACAGAGGCAAGAACAUCACAUUUGAGCUGAAGAAAGUCAUGGAAGACGCAUUUACUUCAAGCAACCAACAUCUAGAAAGGCAGCAGCGUUUGCGCCAGGAGCGGCUGGAUGAACUGGAGACCUUAGACAAACAGCUUGACCUCCUAUCCCGUGAGGUCAAAGCCAAGAUUAAGGUCAUGGUGGAAACUGUUGAGAGAAAGGUUGCCUCAGCCCUGAAUGAUGAAAUCAGACGCCUGUCUCUGCUUGUAGAAGAGUUUGAUCGUCCAUUCCACCCAGAUCCAAGGGACUUAACUGCAUACAAGAAGGAAUUGCAUGGUCAUGUAGAGCGAACUUUGGGUCGCAAUCUUCAGGCACAUUGUUCUUCUGCUUUGUUGCAAGGGGUGGAGUCUACAGAGAGACAGAUGACAGAACGCCUGGCUACAAUUCUUCCUGACGACAAAAGGCAGCAGCUGUUUAGUCUGAUCCCAAAACGAGAUUUUGACAUUGCCUAUCGCCUGGAUUGCAGGAAUCUUUGUGCUGACUUCAAUGAGGACAUUGAGUUUCACUUUUCUUUGGGUCCUAUGAAUCUAAUGCAGAAACUUUUGGGAUCAAAGGACCGUGCAAACUUCCUUGUUGGUUCAGCUGGAACUCUGGGAAGAACACUUUCUCCUGGCUCUACAGCAAUUGGAACACAACAAGGUCUUCAUGACAAUGAGAUCUUGGCCUCCUUACUAACAACCUUUGCAUCUUUCACAUCUCGCACCACUUUAGGAGCUGUGGCUGUCGCUGGUCUGCUGGCCAAGGCAGCUGGGUGGCGAGUGAUUGCAGUGACAGGUGCCCUGUAUGGCUUGCUGUAUCUGUAUGAGCGCCUGACAUGGACCACUCGGGCCAAGGAGCGGUGUUUUAAACAGCAGUAUGUGGAGUAUGCAAGCAGCAAGCUGCGGUUGAUUGUGGAUCUCACCAGCUUCAACUGCAGCCACCAAGUGCAGCAGGAGCUGACGUCAACGUUUGCUCGCCUGUGUCACCAAGCUGACAUGACCAGGCAGCAGUUGGAGGAGAGUCUAAAGGAUAUGGACAAAAAUCUCCAACAACUGCAGCAGGUAGCCAGUGCCUCAAAGACACUAAGGAACAAAGCCGACUUUCUCGACAGUGAGCUCAUGAGUUUUUGCAGUCAGUACCUCACCCAGGACUCUUAGUGCACAGAGAUACUGACAGCCUUAAGCAAGUUGCUCUGUUAGAAGGAAAGCACAGCAACACAACUGACUUGAAGCUCUUGUCCAAAAUGUGUUGAUUAGAUAGCUUUUUUAUGUAGCAGUCCAUAUAUUUAUGUAUCCUUAAUCUGAACCGCAGGAAACAAGGCCUUGAUCCUUUGUUUAAGGGUCUGUGCCUGUGUUCGUUGGUUUCUGGAGGAAUGGAAAGGGUAAUUAAAUUAAAUAGGAAUUGCGAGGAGACUGGGAGUAUGAUUUGUGAAUGCUGAGUAGGGAAGGGGCUGUUAGUGGGUGUUCAUGAAGUUGCAUGUUUUUGGGGUUUUUUUUGGGGUGGGUGGGGGAUAUAUAUUUCAUUGUAUAUAUUCAAUGGAAUCUUCAUUUCUGACAAUUUUUGUGUUGGCUUUGAUGAAAGAGAGCACAACAUCCACAUGUAAAUUAGACUGUGCUUUCUUCAGAAGUUGAGCCAAACCACAGAAGACUUUGUUUUGUGUGUUUUCCUCUCUUUGAUUUUAUAUGUGUAAUUCCUUUGUAGUUUGAAUGAAUUGUGUGUGAUUGUAUUUUGAACCUAAAAUAGAGAAAUAGGGCUAUAUAAGCUGCCACAAGCAUUUAGAGAUGAGAAAACUAUUGUAAAGCAAGUGAUAUAAAGAUGUAAUUGUGAAAAACAUUCUGUAAUAUUGACUUGAUCUUUUUAAAUUAUUGUAAAAUGUCAACUUUAUUGAGAAGUUCAAGACCAAAUACUUUAUAUUUUUGCUUCGAGCCCCUUUCUUAUUAUUUUCUUUGUUAUCAGGAUUGGGGGUGUUCUGUGUACAACCAACAGUAAAAGUGAGAGCAGUACAAAAUUUUUUUAGACUGCAUAUAUUUGGUAUCAUUUUUAAAAACUUCAUUGGGGGCAUGUAUUUUAUACCAUCUCUGCUGGAUUCUUAUCAUACCCAUGGUGUGUGAUUUCUCACUACUGUUGUAACAAAAGUAGAAUUAAUAUUCACAAAGGUUUUUUUGAGUUGUAGUGUUGCAUAAGGAUUUGUUGCACGUGCAUUUCCUUAUGCUUGGCACAGCAACAAUGUCAUGGGUUCAUCAGUAUAAAAUCUUUCUAUAAUUUUGUAUAGUUGUAAAUAAUUUCCUUGGGGUGCUGUAAGAGCCAUUGUGGUUGCUGUCAUUUGUCAUGUGAUAUUAACGCAGCUAUUUUCCUUUUCCUUGUAUGCUUCAAGAAAAAGUUAGUGGAAGAGCAUGUAUUUCUCUAUUUGAUUCUCACUGUUGUGCUGUUAUUGCAGCAUUGAUUUGGUAGAUGCCAGGGAUAUCUCAGUAUUACAAAUCCCUAAAAAAGAAAAAACCAAACUACAAUUUAGCAAAGACAAUGAUCACAAGGUUGAAUAAGCAGUGUGUUCCUGACGUUGUUCCUUCAGUUCUAAUGAAUUUGGUUUGCAAGUCUCAUUCUUCAAAUGACCUGUCACUAUGAUGUUUGCUUAUGAUUAUUAUUACUGAGAAAGAUGGGCCUUUAAACACUCUAAAUUUGUAAGAUCUGGCCAUCAAAAGAAGACUCAAAAAGUGUGUUCAUGCAGUUAAAAAAGUCCUAUCAAAUGAUCAAGGGAAGUCUGGAUGUAGUAAACAUAAGCUACAAUGGUUUUUUUUGUUUGUUUUUUGGCUUUUUUUUUUAAGUGAAGACAUUUUGUUUUCCACUAAUGACUGGGAUGAAGAUAAAGGUGAGUAAAGUUUGUAACCAAGAAUACAGACUCCCUUCUCUUUAUUCUUUUGUUGAUUAUUAUAAAUCCAUUGUCUUGGUUGAUUUUGAUGAUUAGUUCAGAAGCAUAUCUACCACUUUUUUUACACCUUGCCUAAGCAUCCACAUUCUCCUCCCAAACACACUGUAUGGGUAAUACUUUCUGAACUCAGAAAAAAUGAAACUACCCUUCCUUAGCUCACUGAAAGGCAUGGGGAAGCCUGAAAAUAUGAAGGAGGCCAGCCUACUGUUAUUUGAGCACUACAACUGUUUUCUAUACAAUGUGUGUGUAUAUAUAAUUCACUCCCUUCGGCCAUCUCUGUGUUUUCUCUAGCAUCAGAAUGAAAUUUACAUGAAUAGCUUAGUGCACAGAGUAACAAACUCCUGAUUAGACUUGCUGUUUUGUAGGUCUUCACCUAAUUAACAGUGUUGACUUUUUAAUAUGUGUGUCUACAUGUAUGUACAUGCACAUUGUUAGUGUGCGAGUUUAUAUAUGGCAUAUUUCUUUUUGACUGAUGCUUUGUGAUAGAUAUUGUGACAGAUGGAGAACCUUUUUAAAAAAGUAUCAUAGAGUUCUGCACUACAGGAAUAAAAUUUGAAAAAUUUGUCAGAUCGUUUACAACAUCUUUUUCCUUUUCCUAAAUGAUCUUUAUGAAAUAAAGAUGGUCCAAAAAUAAAAUUACCCAGACCAGAGUAUAUUUGGGAAAUGGUUCUUUUGUGAAUGAAAAUUGUAAUCCUUUUCUUGUCCUUGAUUAAUGUUGAUCUCAUCUGUUGGUUAAGUGAUUUUUUCUUUAAAGUACAUCUUGUUGUACCCAACCUCACUACUUCUCAUCUUAAGUAUAUUACAUCAUUUUUUAACAAAUCAAGUGAGAAUUGAAUGCAUAGAAAGUAUUGUACAUACAAUUUUUAAAAGAUCUUCAGGCACAGACAGAUGAAAAUUGAAAGACAGGGUUGUGAAAUUGUGACAGAUUUGUGAAAGGAAAUAAAAGAAGUGAAUAGUC